ACAAAUUUCUAUUUAUUCGGUGUGCUACGCAUUAAAUGUACCCCUUGCACAUGCAAUGGAGCCUUGGAUAUCAUGGUAAUAUGAGGUGUCUCUUGCGGUCAACAAUCUCAAAAGCAUCCCAGGAAACAGCUGAAGAACAGAAAUGGAAGGGGAAGGCAACUACCAAUCUAAAAGACUUAACAGCAGAAGAAGUAUGGCCUUUCUUUGAGGAUUUCCUCAGCAUACACAAGUGGUUACCAGGAGUUGACGCAUGUAGCUUAGUUGAAGGAGUAUCUGGAGAACCAGGCUGUGUCCGGUACUGUACUGGCACUGCCGUUCCAACAGACGGUGGUGAAGAAUCAGUGAUUAGUUGGGUGAAGGAGAAGUUGUUAUCUAUUGAUCCGGUUGAACGGUGCAUAAGUUACGAAGUGAUCGAAGGGAACGUUGGGUUUGAAUCAUACAUAGCAACCAUCAAGAUUUCCUCCGGCUCUGAGGAUACCCAAGAGAAUGGUCAAAGUGGGUCGAUGAUUGAGUGGGGAUAUAUUGUUAAUCCGAUCCCAGGGUGGAAAUCUGAGGAUUUGGCUUCUUAUAUUGAUUCUAUUUUGCAUACCAUGGUUAAGAGAAUGGAAGAAGCACUGCUUCAGGCUAAGUCGUAGUACGACUUUUGUUGUUUUAACUUAAGUUUUCACUUGUGCAUUACCUGGUCCUGAAAUAGCAUAGGAAUUUGAAUGUAAUAACAUAGACAUUCCUAUUAUCUUCUUUUGAACAUGAGUAUAAUGGUUGGUGUCAAAUCAUUUCUUAAUUCUUA